AUGAAGAUCCAGGGCCGCCAUAUCGAGCGCGACGGGAGCGGCAGCGUCACCGUGAUUCCCGAGGGCGAUGAGGACCUCUACCACCUCUACAACCUGAUCCAGCCCGAGGACCUGGUCCGCGCCACGGCCGUGCGCCGCGUCACGUCCGAGUCGUCGACCGGCUCGACCGAGUCGCACCGUGUGCGUCUGCAGCUCACCAUCUCGGUCACCAAGCUCGACUUUGAGAUGGACGGUGGCGCAGGCAUGUCGAACGAGAGCGCGGCGCCCCUCGGCCAAAUCACCACCGACAGCGCGAGCGAAGCGAGCUCUGCGGCCUCGACGCCGUUCAGCUCCAUGGUCCUCGGCGAGGCGGGCAACAGCACGCCUGCGACGCUGAGUGGUGCCUCGCAGGGCCAACCGACGCUGCACAUCUCUGGGCGCGUCGCCGAAGAGAAUCCCCACGUACGCACCGGAUCCUUCCACACCCUCGACAUCGAGAUCCAGCGCAAGCUUACCAUCACGAAAGAGCUGUGGGACAAGCCCAACCUCGACCUCCUGGACGAGAGCAGCGAGGCAGGGAACUCUGCAGAGGUCGGCGCAGUGAUCCUCGGCGAAGGCAAGGCGAUCGUGUGCCUCUUGACGAACCACAUGACGCUCGUGCGCCAGCGCAUCCAGGUGGCAAUGCCCCGCAAGCGUGCCGGCGCAGGCUACGGAGCGGCGUCGAGCGGCACAGCAAAGCUCUCGGAGCGCUUUAAUGACCAGGUCUACAAUGCAGUGAUCAAGCUACUCUCGCUCCCGUCGAUGCGUGUCGUGCUCCUCGCGUCGCCCGGCUUCUGGCGCGAGUCGAUGUACGAGCUCCUGCUCGCCGAGGCGACGCGCCGCGGGGAGAAGCUCCUGAGCGGUGCCGAAGGGCGGCGCAAGCUGCUCAAGGUGCACUGCGCCACGACGCACGUCCACUCGCUUAUGGACGUGCUCAAGUCGCCCGAAGUCUCGUCGCAGCUCCAGGAUACCAAGUUUACGCGCGAGAACCAGGUGCUGGACAAGUUUCUGCGCACACUCUCGUCGGACGAUUUGCGGGCGUGGUACGGCGAGCGGGCGAUCGUGCUCGCGAGCCAGCGCGGCGCGAUCGGCACGCUCCUCCUCUCGGAUGCGAUGCUGCGCAACACACACCCCCAGCGCCGCAAGCAGUGGGUCGAUCUAUGCGAGCACGUCAAGUCGUUUGGCGGCGACGUCGUCAUGUUUUCGUCGCUGCACGAAAGCGGGCGGCAGCUGAAUGGCCUCGGCGGCGUCGCGGCGCUGCUCACCUACCCGCUGGACUUGGACCUCGUCGAGGAGGAAGAGGCGGAGCUCGCGGCGGAGCAAGAGACAUAG